AUGACCAGCGAAAAUCCCGACCGCGAGGUUUUGCCUACAAACGUCACACCGGUGCAUUAUGAUUUGAGCUUGGAACCCAAUUUCGAAACUUUCAAGUUCUCCGGGAGCUUGAACAUCGAUUUAAAGGUCAACGACGCCAGCAAAGACGUGGUGCAGCUCAAUACAGUUGAUAUCGACAUCCACACGGCGGAAAUUGGUGGUAAGAAAGCCCUUAAGUGGGACACCGAUUCGGAAACCCAGGUCACCACGUUCGAAUUUGCCAAGGGGCUCCUAAGUGAUGCGGAAACCGCUACUCUGAAACUAACGUUCACAGGUAUCCUUAACGACAACAUGGCUGGCUUCUACCGUGCGAAAUACACCGAUAAAAAGACCGGCGAAACAAAGUACAUGGCCACCACGCAGAUGGAACCCACUGACGCUAGAAGAGCGUUCCCUUGCUUCGACGAGCCAAACCUCAAGGCUACUUUUGACAUCACGCUGAUCUCAAGCUCGCAUUUGACUCAUUUGUCAAACAUGGACGUAAAGUCUGAGUGCAUCAAGGAUGGCAGAAAAUACACUGCGUUCAACACUACUCCCAAAAUGUCCACCUACUUGGUUGCAUUUAUUGUUGCUGAGUUGAAGUAUGUCGAAAACAAGGACUUCCGCAUACCAGUGCGGGUGUACGCAACUCCAGGCGAAGAACAGCAUGGUCAAUUCGCUGCAGACCUUACUGCGAAAACUCUCGCAUUCUUCGAACGUACUUUUGGCAUCAAAUACCCGCUCCCUAAAAUGGACAACGUUGCUGUUCACGAAUUCAGCGCAGGUGCGAUGGAAAACUGGGGGCUUGUGACGUACAGAGUCGUCGACCUUCUUCUGGACCGUGAAAACUCUAGUUUGGGGCGUGUCCAAAGAGUUGCCGAGGUUGUACAACACGAACUGGCCCACCAAUGGUUCGGAAACUUGGUCACUAUGGACUGGUGGGAAGGCUUGUGGUUGAACGAAGGCUUUGCCACUUGGAUGUCAUGGUAUUCCUGCAACGAGUUUGAACCAGAAUGGAAAGUCUGGGAACAAUAUGUCUCUGACACAUUGCAAUCUGCAUUGACGCUUGACUCUCUCAGAUCAUCGCACCCCAUCGAGGUGCCUGUAAAGAGGGCUGAUGAAAUCAACCAGAUCUUUGACGCCAUCUCUUACUCAAAAGGUUCUUCCCUCUUGAGAAUGAUUUCGCAAUGGUUGGGCGAAGAUGUCUUUAUCAAAGGUGUCUCUCAAUACUUGAACAAAUUCAAAUACGGGAAUGCCAAGACUGAAGAUUUGUGGGAUGCAUUGGCCGACGCUUCAGGUAAGGAUGUCCGCAAAGUCAUGGAUAUUUGGACCAAAAAAGUUGGUUUUCCCAUCGUUUCCGUCAAAGAAGACGGCAACAAUGUGACCUUCACUCAAAACCGUUACUUGACCACAAAAGAUGUCAGGCCUGAAGAAGACCAAACACUUUUCCCAGUGUUUUUGGCUUUGAAAAAUGGCAAAGAGGUCGACCACUCUCUGGUGUUGAACGAAAGAACUAAAACAGUCACCGUAAAGGAUCCCGAAUUUUUGAAAGUUAACGCUAACCAAGCCGGUAUUUUUAUCACGUCUUAUUCGGAUGAAAGAUGGGCCAAAUUGGGCAAGCAGGCUGAUUUGCUCUCGGUUGAGGACCGUACAGGUUUAGUAGCAGACGCCAAAGCCCUUUCUACUUCCGGUUAUACCUCUACAACAAAUUUCUUAGAGCUUAUAUCUGGGUGGAAAACUGAGUCGUCUUUUGUGGUCUGGGAACAAAUGAUCAAAAGUUUAUAUUCUUUGAGAGCGACAUGGUUGUUUGAGCCAAAGGACGUCAAUGAGGCCUUGAAUGAGUUCACUCGGCAACUCAUUGCCGCGAAAGUCGAGGAAUUGGGCUGGAAGUUCGAAACAUCGGACUCCUUUGCCACUCAGCGUAUGAAGGUUGAAAUGUUUUCUACUGCCAGUGCUGCCAAGAUUCCAUCAGUGGUUUCUGCUUCUUUGGAGAUGUUUGACAAGUACGUGGCUGGCGACAAGAAUGCCAUUCCAGCACUCUUGAAACCUUCCGUCUUCAGCACUGCGGCCAAGAAGGGUGGUCAAGAAUACUACGAGAAAAUGUUCGGCAUUUACCAAAACCCCGUCUCGACGGAUGAGAAGCUUGCUGCACUAAGGAGCAUGGGCAGAUUCGAAGAUCCUAAAUUGAUGGAAAGAACCUUGGGAUAUUUGUUCGAUGGUACAGUAUUGGUGCAGGAUAUUUACAUUCCCAUGCAAGGCAUGAGAAUGCAUGCUGCCGGUGUAAAGGCUCUAUGGGUUUGGAUCACUGAAAAUUGGGACGAACUAACAAAGAGAUUACCUCCAGGACUAUCCAUGCUAGGAUCAGUCGUGGCUAUGGGAUGCUCUGGCUUCACUUCUCUAGAAUCCAUUGAGGAAGUGAAGAAGUUUUUCGGCAGCAGAUCAACGAAAGGAUUCGAUCAAGGAUUGGCGCAGGCUCUAGAUACAAUUACUUCCAAGGCUCGGUGGAUCAAGAGAGAUCGCGAUCAAGUAUCUAGAUACUUGAAGGAAAAUGGAUUCCAAAAGAACGCUUAA